ACAACAUCUGCGGAGCCGGAAAGAAGUUCCAGCGCGCCCCAGCUCGGGCAGGACGGGGCUGAUUCCAACCCAGAGAUUCAAUAUUUUUAAUUACCCGUGGAUUCUUAAGAGAAGGUGGAAGAGGAGCCAGGAUCCUACAAGAUGUAGAAUUUCACCCUCCAUCUGUCAGUGAAUCAAACUAUCUGAGCAAUACAGAUAGCACACAAUCAAGAACUUGAGUCCUGUUCUUUGAAGAUACCAUGUGAACCUGUUUUGGGAUUAUUCUAUUUCUGGCGUGCUGUUUAGACCUACUGUUGCCACAAAUACAACAGAAUGUCUCAGACCCAUGCAGCAAUCUUGUCAGAUUCUCCUGCGAUUAACCACCAUAAAGGAGAUGUCUCACCUACACGAAGCUUGUCUGCAUGGUCGGGCAAGUUGCUAGAUGCAGCGGAGAAGACUUCUGAGGAUGUUAGUUCACAAAAGAAAGAAAGAUUAUGUGCUCAGCAUCAGGAGAAAGGGAUCAACACCCAGGAGCCUGAAAACCAAGAAACUUCCAAUGGUCCUUCCAGUCUUCAGGAUUCCUUUCACUCACAUUUUAGUUUCAUCCAGCUCUCACUAAAUUUAGCCUCUGAAGCUGCUGCAGGUGAAUCGGGAAGUAGGGAAUCUAAAGAAAUUGUACAAUUAGGUGGAAUAGAGAAAACAGAAAAUAUUAAUUUUCAUCCGUCUGGAGAAGUCCAAAGAAUUUCACGAACGGAACUGUGGGCUUCACGUAAUUCCUUGUGCAAUGAAGUUGGUACCUGCCCCUUGGAAACUACAGAAGAUGACAUUUUGCAGGACUGUGGGAGGCUCUCACCUUUCCAUGCAAAUAAUGCAUUCUCUUCUUCCACGGAUUCUUUAGAGGCAACAUCUGCUGAUUCUUCGGUGACUUCAGGCUAUGAGAGUUGUGGCAUCGCUAGUGACCACAGUUGGGAUUUUCUGAUGAAGGAGUAUGAACCAGUAUUACAGGAAUGUUUGCUGGGCAAUCGUCGUUUAGUAAAGAUGAAAUCCUUGAUGAGAAAACUUCAGAAGCUUCAGGAGAAAGCAGUAGCUGAAGACAACUAUGAGAAAGCUGAUAAAUUUAGAAGAAGACUUGAGGAGCUGCAUAAAGAGAAAAGUUUGCUGAAUUUUCAGCUUCCUUCACAGCAUCCGUCCAUUAGCAGCUUCUUGGACAAGUUCAGAGUCUACAUUCAAAUGACAUUGUAUGAGGGAGUUCAUAAGGAAAGGAAUCUUCCCCUUGAAAAAAGUGAUCAGAAGAUAUUAAGCCUUCCUUACCAUGAAAGGAUACAGAUUCCAGGUACAAAACGGGAUCAGCUGCUUGAGGAAAAGAAGUGGAUACAGAAAGAAAUUGAAGUUCUAAGAACAAAGCUGGUUGUUCUGGAAGCUAAAGAUCAAGAGUUAAGGAUAGAAAUUGAAGAACAAGACCGCCAUAUUCAAGAGCAAGAUUAUGAACUGUCUACUUUGCUCAGCUGGGUGUCACUCGAAGAACUGCAGGCAAUUGGCAAAGCCUUGGCUGAUAUUUUGGUGGCCUCCCAUAAAAUUCCAUACAGGUUGGAAUUUCCAGAAUCUGUCAAAAGGCUUCAAGAAAAAAUACAGUCCCUUAACAUAUCUAUGACAGAAACGGCUGCUGAAGUAUGUACUAGUCAGAGGCUCUGCAGUACGUUAAGGAAAAAAGUGAGACACAUUGAUAUUCAACUUCCAGCUCUUCUUGAAACGAAAAUGCUUGCUGCAUCAGGAAGUAAUUUCUGUACUGCUAAAGACCUAGCAGAAGAAAUUAAAUCGCUAAUGGCUGAAAGAGACCGCCUGAAAGGGCUACUCAAUGAAUGGUCAACUCUGAAUGCCAAAAAUAUCCAAAAGCUGGAGAGAGUGAAAGAACGUUACAAGAGACUGAAGGAAGAAAUGGAGCAAGAGGAGGUUGUAUUUGAGAAAAAGUUGAAAGAAAACACUGUCAAGUAUAUGGAAGUGCUAGAAGAUAAACUGCAAAGCUGUGGAAGAAGCCAUCUUUUAGGAAGAGUAUGUGAAGUUGACUUAGAGGCCUGCCAGCUGUUGAUCCAUGAGUUUCUGCUCCACAAAAAUGGCUCUUAUGUUUCGGAGGGAGAAGAGAGACAGACUGAGGAAAUAGAGGAUAUGGAAUUUGCCUUUUUAACCUCAAAGUGGGAACAGUCAAAUUGCUUUUCAGUUAAUAGUUCCAAGCAAAAAUCUUUUCGACACCCCCUUAUUGGGAAGAAACACCAAAGUACGCCCUGUGAAGUGAAAGAGGAAUUCGAUAUGCUUUCUACAGAAUUCAGAGAGAAAUGUGAACAAAUAAGCAAGAAGCUCAUAUUCUUGGAAGAGCAACUUCAGCUAGCAGCCUGUAGCUAUGAUGAAAACCUUGUUCAGUCUCUACAAAGAGAGAUCCAGAUGGUGAAGGAAACUCUCCAGGCCAUGCUGGUGAAGCUUCAGCCAACUAAGGAGGCAGGAGAAGAUGCUGCUGCAAAUUUCCUGGGUGACAGCUGGCGUCUGGGAAAGGAAAGCUUAAAGGAGUAGCAAGCAGGAAGACGGAAGGAAGAUCUUUAAGGCUUCCUUGCAAAAAUGGAAUGCCAUCUUAUCCGACUUUGAGGAUUUUCACUAUCUCUGCAAAAUUAAUGACAGCCAUUAUUAUGGAGCCGGGGAGAUGGCUAAUAGAAACUGGAGGUCUUCCUGGAGAAAUAGUGGUGCUUGCACAAUUCAGCUGCUGGGUUCUAGAAACAGUUUUCAACAACAGCCUAUCCAUUCUUUCCUAAAAGUGGUAAUUUUAAAUUAUGGCUUACAGCAGAGGUCUUCAAACGAGGCAGCUUUAAGACUUGUGGACUUCAACUCCCAGAAUUUUCCAGCCAGCUAUGCUGUCAAGCCAGUCUUAAAGCUGCCAAGUUUAAAGACCUCUGCCCUACAGAGGCAUUUGAGUAAUGAUGGCAUGUUUACAAGCCCCUUGGCUUAGUUCUUCCUGUACCUGAAAUGCAGCCCGGAAACCCCUACAUUCAGAAGUCACAGGAGCAAGAAUGUUUAAGAACCAAAACCCAAGGAUGAUACCAGCACUGGUAUAAUUCUAUCAGACAUUGACAUCUGAAUAAGAUUGCCAGGAGAGUAACAUUUUUUAUGGAUAUAAAUGUGUUUCAAAGGGAUGGGUAUUUCAGAAUUAGAAACCAAGACAAGCUAUGAAAAAGGGCCAUGUCAAUGAAUGCAUGAAAUCAGAUAAAUGUCCAGGCAGUUUACACCCCACAAAAAAGCAUUCAUGAGAAACUGUGUUAGCUUAAAGUGGUGGUGACAACUGCACAGUUAUUGAGAUGCCACUCAAGACCAUUGUAGUUUGAAAGGGAGGAUCAUAAUACUAGUCUUCCCAGAACACAAUCAUGUUGUUUUUGAAAAUCCAAAGAAAACAUGACUUUCUAGGGGAACAGGAUAACAGAACACCAAUGUUUUCCCCACAAAUAAGCAGCAUUGUUUAAAAAAAACACCUGAUUGGGGUAAUAUGCAUUCUGUUGCACCUUUUCCUCCAAAAUAUAUUUAAAAGAAAAAGAGACAAAAAAAGCAAAGAAGAAACCCCACUAACUUGAAGCUGAAACUAAGAAACAAAUUUUGCUAAAUGAAAUGAGGACUGUACAUACCCAUUGGCACUCUGUAUAGCAGUGAUAAUUAAUAUCAAAGGAUCACAUAAUUGCUUUUCAAUGAUUUUCAUUUUGUCUUGAAAAUUGAGAGCAAAUGCUUGUUAAUUCUAGAGGCAAAAUUAUUUAAAGAAUUAACUAAUGAUUUAAAAAACUUGAAAUUCUCAACGAUGAUUAGUCUGAUUAAAAUACACACAAAUGUUUCAAUGCUUUUAAAAUGUACAUAUUAUACAUAAACAUUUUAUACAUAAGCAUAUUCAUUAGUGAUCCUUUAUUCAGGAUGUGUACAAAUAAUUUUUAAAAGCUGAUCAUAUAUAGUUUAUUGUAUGUUAAAGUUUCAGAGUUUUUAACCACAGCUAUCCAACCGUAUUUUAUUUAUAUGCACUUUAUUUGAUAUCUUUUGGAAUAAAAAAAACCCCAAGAGUUUCUGAAAUUCA